ACGACUAUCACGUGAACGCGGCAACGGAAGCAGAAACACACAUGUGUUGUAGCGGUUCUUAUUAUACCUCCGAGGUCGUAGCUGGACAAACAUUUAUACAAACGAACUGAAUCCACAUAACAUUGAAGAAGAGGCGCCAGCUACAUCAUGAAUGAUUUUGGAAGCUACCCUCCGCCGAACUUUGUCUCUCCUCCGGGUUCGAUGGUGAGUCCGCCAACGUUCCUUCCACCUCCGAGCAACUUCCAGCCCGGUAUGUGGAACUGGUACGAGCCACCGUCCGAGCCGUGGAGAUACAACGGCCAGGGAGAACACUGGAACUGCGGCCCCGGACCAGGUCGACCCAGAGGCUCAUAUGGCCAGAACUUCCAUCGUGGACGCGGAAGGCAGGACUAUGGUCGUCCCAACAACCUUGGGAAAAAGCAGAAAAAUAAAAAAGAACCCGAGUUUUCACAUUUCUGUGACCCGUGUGACCGAGGCUUCAAAAACCAAGACAAGUAUGACCAACAUGUCUCUGAACAUGUCAAG